UAAAUAUAUAGAUGACUCACAUGUUCCCUAUUUUUGUUUACAACUCUAGUAGUUGUAGAUUUACGGACUUGUGAGAAUUCCACGACCGAUUUCGUUUCCUAAAAUAAAUUGAAUAUAAAGACAAUUAUUGUGCUCCGAAAUCUAUUCAAAAAAGUUUUAAAAUGUCUGAACGUGAACCAAUUAGUGGCUCGAGUCGUGAUUAUGGGGCCACUACAGAUGCUCCUCCUACAGUGGGGUUUGCAGACUUCAGUCCUACAGAGCUGUACAACUUGAGUGAAGGUAUUGCGGAUAAUAUCAACACCAUCAACAGCGGGCUUCGCUCUCUCGAGAAGAUGAUGAAGCAAGUUGGUGGAGCGAAUGAUAAUGUACAGCUCAGAGAUAAAAUUCAUGACACACAGCAAACUGUAAAUGGUUCUGUGUCAGCAACUGCUCGGGAUAUCCAACGUCUUGGAAUAGUUGUACGCCGGGGAGAUAAGCCUCAAAAGCUACAAGUGGAACGACUCACACAAGCAUUUAGAGAAGCCCUUGCUAAAUAUUCCUCAGUACAGAAGCAUGUUACAGAAAAAAUGGCAUCAUAUAUGCCACGUCCGAGUCGAGUGAAGAAGGAUCCUCAGACUUUAGAAGAACAACAGGCGAUUGCUGAUGACGAAGAAGCAAGUAUACUUAACAACCAACAAGCACAGGCCCGUCUAGUCCAAUUUGAGACGAGCAUGUUGCUUGAAAAGGAAGCCUACCUAAACAAGAUUGAGGCUGAUGUACUGGACAUCAAUCAAAUAAUGCAAGAUUUGGCUGAAAUGGUCAACACCCAGGCUCAAGUAGUUGAUACUGUGGAAAGUCACAUUGAAGCAGCAGGUUCGAGUGUAGAGGCCGGUGUGGAUGAAUUGGCCAAAGCAGCUGAGUAUCAACGUAGGUACAGGAGGAAAAUGUUCAUUCUCAUUUUAAUUGCGAUUAUUGUAGGUAUUAUUUUCGUCGUGUGGAUCAUUAAAGCUUUUAGAUAAGACCAUAAUUUUCUAUUAUUAUUAUUGUAUGACUUCAGAAAAUUUGUUCUCAAUAGAGAAGAUCAGUAGCUAUGCAAAUUGGUUUGAAUCUUUUUAUAUGAACAGAAUGGGAGAUUUUCUUUGUUGGAAUUAAAAAAUAAAAAUAGUUCUCAAUAACUCGUUAGAUGGCGCUUAACAUACUUAUGUUACUGGGCCAUUGACAAGAUGCUACAAACUAAUAAGAGAUCGAUUUCUUUUUUCCUUGUUAUUUGUUAUACGUUUUGUUACAUGUUACCAAAAUUUCAUCCAAGGAAAACAGAAAACAAUUAACAUUUACGUUCAGCGCCAUCUAUCCAGCCGCUAGGAAAAACUAAAAAAAAAAGAAAAUUCCUCAUUGGUUUUCUUCAAAAAGAUCAGGGGGACUAAAAGGGCCACAUCAAUACAAUUAAUCGAUUGCAAUUUGACAUUUGCGCAUAUAAAAGAAGGUGCAAUAUCAGCUUUAGGUGAAUAGCUUCAAGGUGGCCUUUUUAACCCCCGUGGUAGUUGUUGUAAAGUUAAGUAUGUAACUCCAGCGAUUUAUGGGUUGCUCCCGUGGCUUGCCAAUCGCUGUGUGACUUGAUAGUGCUAAUUUACUAUGGUCGCCUAGUACAGUACAAUGAUAAGUCUGACGCCUAUAUGUUGCUCUACAGCAACACGUGCCUCCGGCCAAGGCUGAACGCUGCAAAGGAUGCCGUCACACAGCGAUCGGGAGGCCACAUUCGGCCGGGCGUAUCACUGGAAACUUUAUUAUUAGAUAUAUUAAUAACUAUUUGAAGUAUCGAUAAAAUAAUAUAAUGCCAAAAAUCGAAAAUUGCUGAUCUUCAUCCUUCAUGGAAUGCUGGAAGAUGAUAAUGAAAUAACUUUAAAACCACAUCUUUUCCUCAAAUAAUAUCAAACAUAUCUCACUAUCAAAUGUUAAAUGCAAUUGCUCACUACAAAUGCUUAUUAGGUUUUAAAGUAUUUAUAUGUCAUUUUACAACUAUUUAUAUGACAUAAAUUAUAGUUACAGAAUUUUAGUUAUUAUAUUAACAAUCAUACUAUAUAGGUAGUCACAGAUCUGAUAUAUAAUAUGGACUGUGUUACCAUUAAGUAUUUUUCAAAAUAUUCUGUAACAUUUAACAUAUUAUUUUUGUUUCUAUAUAGCUUCAAUAUAUUUUAGAAAAUUGUAGAUGUAAAAUAUAGGGAUGUGGAAUACACGUAUUAGCAUAACGCGUCAUAUAAAGAUAAGUAAUUAAUCUGCAAAUAUAACUGGACCUACUGAACUCCGGGCCAUCUCAUAGUAAUAAAGAGCAGUUCAAUAAUAUUGUUGAAAUGUGGUGUCCUAGAACUUUACACCAUCCUUAAUAGGAUGUACAAUAAUGGUUACUAUAAUGAUCCUUCUUCAUAGACACUCAAUUCUAAUCACUUGAUGAGCGACGAUCUAAAGUGUCUCUUGGCUCUUGAUGAAUCUUGCCACAAAAUUACUACAUUCGAAAUUUUGACUAGUGCAUAAUGUUCCACUGAUGCUUUUCUUAGAGGGUGGGAAUUACGAAAUCAACGGAUAACGAGUACUCUUACGAUAAUUCACCGGAAUACGAAAUAAAUUACAUUGUAUAGUUAAGGUUCCUAGUAAAAAAUUACGUGAAGGUAGGCUGGCUGACUGUAGAACGUCUGUGAUGAAAGCGAUACUUCACCUAGCGAUGUUGAUAAUAGACAUGGCUCAUGUAUAGCGAGUUUUCAUAAAAUGUAAGCGGCUGGCAAUGAAGUUAUUUCGUAAACGUGGUUAGAACCCCAUAAAAUAAAACUACAACAUGAAAAUCUGUGAUUUGUAAGCCCCAAGUAACUUACCACAUUCAACUUUAGAUAGGUAACAAUAUAUUGAAUUUAUUAUUUUUUGCAAACCUUGCCUGCUAUUGUGUAUAGAGUAUUUAUAUUGCCUUAUCUAGUUGAUUUUUUGUGUGUCAAAUGUAUAACUAAUUAUUUUUGUUUCAAAUAAGUAUGUUAUUUAGCAUAAGGAAGAGUUAUGGAACAUUCCAAAUGCACGACUGAUAAUCUAAACAUUUGGACAAAUAUGUCGUGUGAUGAUAAAUAAUAAUUGUAUCAGUAUUUCUUAUUCACAAUAACUCUGGACAGAUAUGUAAUACCUAAAUAGUACGUACAGACGAGAAAGUCUUAUUAAAAUUUACAUUAAACUGCAUAUUAUCAAAACUUAA